AUGAAUUACUACAUUACAUGCACACUGAGUGAACGUAACAGUGGUAGUGAAGAACAACAUCAACAACCGCGGCGGCACAUUGGUCCGCACGAGUGCGCGGCGGUCGUCAACUACGGCACGGCGUCGCGCGCGUUGCACCGGAGGAGUGAGUGUUAUAAAAGCUCGUGUCCAUCCGCAUUCUCGAAACAGCCGACUGCGGACAUCAUGGCCAGCACUGCAGUAUUACUGGGCAGGUAUUCGCCGCGAUCCGCGGAUCUACCGCACGACCGACGUAACAACAGGGUCCCCGUCAACGGCGGAUCCGCCAUCGUUCUCGACAGAUCGGACUUAUUUAGCGUGUCACCAAUUUGUCCCGGACUGGCUCUCUGCGGGGCUCUGUCCAUUUACACGGAUAAGGAGACGGUGGCCGCGCUUCGGCCAACGUGCCUGAUCAAUUGCGCCUGCGAACUGCCCGACACACCGCUACCGGACACCGUGCACAGGUACCACAAGGUACCGGUGGCGGACACCCCGGUUACCGACCUCGGACCACACAUGGACACGGUUACCGAUCUCAUACACCAGGAAUAUAUUUCUGGAGGUACGACAAUAAUACAUUGUGCAGCUGGAGUGAGCAGAUCAGCUGCUUUUUGCAUAGCAUACUUGAUCAAAUAUCGUGGUAUGACCAUGAAUAGUGCAUAUCGCCACGUAGCCAAAUGCAGACCUUGUAUAAAUCCAAAUACAGGAUUUAUUAGUCAACUAAUAGAAUUCGAAGGAAAAUAUAGAGAGGAAUAGCAGUGGAUAAAAUAACGUUUAUAAUACACAAAAAUCAUUCCAAAUAUAAAUAAUUAUUGUAUUGUAUAUAGUUAUUGACGUUAUUGUAUUGUAAACUUUUUAAAUGUUUUAAUUCCUAUAGAAUAAUUAUUUUUGUUUAAAACUUUAAAAUUGUAAAUGUUAUGAUCGAUUCUAUGUAUAUGUAUAUCGUACAAUUUAUAUGAUACGUUUUAAUUAUUUUAUCUUUUAAGUGUUAUUUGUAAUAAAUAAUAAUAUAAAUAUAUAAUAUUUAUAUAAUCUACAUAAUACAAAUGCAAUGUUCAUGUGUCCCUAUAUAAUACCUAUGACUUGUAUUACCUUCAUAGUUUUUUACAUACUGCAUAUAAAUAACACAUUUAAGUAACACUAACACGUCUAAAACACUUGCAGUAAAUUCCUAUUUAUAUUUUAACAUAACAACUAUUUAUUUGAUUGAUUUAACAAAUCCUAAAUCAUGUAUCAGAAACCUAUUAUUGUUUCGCUCCUCUCAUGCAUCAACGCAAACUAUAUAUAAAUAUAUAAAUAUAAUUUAUAAUAAUUAAUAAACCAUUGUAUUUUAAAAACGCGAAUCUGAAUGAAGUAUUACACACACAUACACACGACACUAGUUUUCAAUUAAUUUAAUACCCUCAUCAUAUACAUUUAACAUCUAUAUAUACCUACUAUAUACUUAUUUUUCCUUUAGAAAUACUAUUCUAUUGCAUUACCUAAAAGAUACAAAAACUCUUAUUUUUAUAUAAAAUCGAACAAUUUAAUAUAAACCUUAUGCUCAGAAUGUAGUUUUAAUUUUUUAAAUAAUAUGUUAAUUUUCAAUUUAUACAAAAUAAAUAUAAUGUGUACCUAUAUAUUGUACGUCGUACAAUAAUAGUAAAUGUGAUAUAAAUUAUAAUAUUCAGACAUUAAACUUUAAA